AUGGAUAAACUCAAAGUGUCUAGCCUAGAAGCAAUUUUGAGAUUCAAGGGUGCCUCAAGCCCGAAUGUUAUUGUUUCUGAUGCGUCUGUUCUCACCUGUGGGUGCUUAGUAUCUGAGUCAUACUUCCUAUCGAAGUUCACAAGUAAUUCCAAAACUAACGAAUCUGAUUGCCCCAAUUGUCAAGCUAAAAAUGUAUCUAUAUUAGCAGAGAUCACACCAUUAAGAGACUUGUUCAAUAUUAUUCAAGAAAUCAAUAUUCAUCUUAACAAUAAGAAUAGAAGAAGAUCAUCCUCAAAAAAGAGUAUACGGUCAAGUGGAUUUGACCCUAAUGAAUCACCUAGUACAGCUGAAUCCAUGGAUCUAAUCGGCUUAUUUUACAAGUUCGCCAAGGAAGAAAAUUCUAAAUUAGAGGAAACUAACUCUGAGGCAGUAGAAAAUAUUAGUUCAACUAAGGCAUUGGCAAUUACCGAUACUUCGGAACAGACCCCUUCAACACAUAAUUACAUACUUCCUGAUACAAAAGCUCAAUAUUCAGAAAGUCUUCUUAAUAUUCCGCCUCCUAAUGAUCAAGUAAAUUUUGAGCAAAAAUUACUUGCUAAUUUAAGCGAAGAGAAAGAAUACAAUUUCAGUAAAUGCUUUCCUUUCCAUAGAAAAUUAUCUACAUUUCAAACACAACAAUCGAAAUUUAAUAUUUCGUCCAUAGCGAAGGGAUCCAUAAUCAAGAAAAACCCAUCAUUCAUAUGUAGCGAUAUUCAUACUUACUUUGAUUUUGGAACCAAUUGUGAAGUCACUAGAUUUGUUCUUAUUACCAAUAAAAGAUGGGAGUUGUACGAAUACAGAGUUUACGUUAGUAUCCCGGAGUCGCAUUCCGCUAAGCCUGUGCUAUUAUGUUGUGGAAAGCUGACAGGAGAAUAUGGUAGAGAUUUUAACAAUUUACAAGAUGAUUCCAACUCAAAAGAAGUUAUCAUCAAGAAUGAUUUCGCCAGCGGACAGAAUUCAAAUUCUAAUUCCAACAAGCAAAGUAAUGAUGAGGAAAAGAAAAAGAGACUUAAUACCUGGGAUCAGAUAUUCUGUAAACUUUCUACGAAUUAUUUAGUAAUAUCUGGUACUAAAGGUGUAAUGCGAGUCUUGAAUGUUUCAUCAUCCUCAUUACCGAAUGAAUUGGGCAGGCCCAUGUACAUAUACAUUACAAAUUUCCCAAUUAGAUGCAUAUCUAUAUCACCAAAUGAGUCUCUUGUUGCAUGUGGAAUCACUGCUAAAGAAAGACUCUCAAGUAAAGAGCAGCCAUUUAUAAUAUUGCAUAAGCUAAAUCCGUCCUCAAAUCGUGAAGCGUUUGAGUCUGUGGAACCAAUAACCAUAACAAUUCCAUAUCGUGAUCCAAUCAAAAUAAUCAAUUUCAAUGCGACUUCUACGCACCUUCUAUGUUGCACGGUAUGGGAAUCAAGAUAUUUAAUAAUCAAAUUAAGAAAUAAACGUUCAGAUAAUUAUAGAAGACCAAGAUUGGUGUGGGCUGAACUAACUUAUACAAGGCAUCGUAGGAUAAGAAACACUGAAAUUCAUGACGCUGGUUCGGAUAAUGAACAGUCUGAUGACUUCCAACUGAUGGAUGAUGAAGGUAUCACUGAUUUACAAUUUGGCGCAUUGCAUCCUAAUGUGAUUUUUUUCACAUCAUGUUCCUUAAAAGAUAGACCGUCGUAUGUUCUCAAAUUAGAAGGCGAAAUAGAUUCCCGGAAUCAUAACUCUGCAUUUGCUGGGCAUACUAAUUCGAUAGACAACCAAUCACUAGACAUAAGUCUUCAGAGCAGCUCAUAUAGUAAAUGUGAUGAAGAAAAAGAUAAUUCACAAGUUUCCAACAUCAGUGGUUCAGAAACAAUCAUGAAAAUACCUGAGAUUGGCUCCUCGAUUCAUAGACUCACACUUCUGCCCCGUGGUGAUGCAAUAGUAUUUUUAAAUAAAUCGGGUCAUAUAUUUUUGGUUUCAACUCCAAAUUUCCAACAUUCAACAACUUCUAUAAAACGAGUUGUCGUACAAUUGGGAGAAGUUGCGAAUGCUGCAAGAUAUACCGAAGCUGCUUCAUUGAAAUUUUCCGCGGAUGGGGGCAAAGUUUAUACUGUGGAUCGAAAGGGUGUAUUCCAGGUGUAUGAUUUUACUAAAGGCAUCCCAGGUCAUGAUUCAGAUGUUGUUAAGUGUAAAAUCAUUAAUGUUUAA